AUGUCUGGCGUCGAGAGUGAGCCGCCGCAGAUCGAUGCCAACCCAGACCACGACUUACAAUCAGAGCCUCUCUCAGAAGACGAGUCUGAGGCUCCUGUGCCCGGACAUGAAGUGGCAUCCACCGACGACAUCGGCCACAGUGACCCAUCAAGUCAUGGAGUGACAAUAACUAUCGAGGAUGCGGAUGCGGAAGAUGGAUCACCGGAGGAGGAUGCGGGCGAGGUUGUCUCCGAAGACGAUAUCUCAGUGGUGAUGGACUCUCAGCAGGACUCUGUGAAGGGUGCCGAACCUGGGGAAGAGAUGGCAGACGCUCCGCGAUCCGGUGGUGUCGAGAAUGCGCCAACGGAUGCUGGGGAUAACAAUUCGACGAGGGUGGAAGAGCGCCCGCACCUGGACAAGGAUGAUCCUGAGCCCAGAGAGAUGCCAGCUGCAGCUGCGUCGGAGGUUCAGUCAGAUAUGCCAGAACGAAGGCCUACAACGACACCAACACGCCCUUUGCAAGUUACCUCUACCGUCUUCGUUGUCAGUGCUCUAGAAACCAUUGGAGCAGCCAAGGAAGUUCGCAGGAACAAGGAAUUUGCAGAUGCUGUCCAGGCUGCUUUGUCGAACAUCAAGAACACGGAACAGGCAGUCAAUCCAGAAAUCAUAUUUCGCCCAUUGCAAAUGGCAACCAAAUCGUUCACCAUCCCUCUGCAGGUGACGGCGCUGGAUUGUAUUGGAAAGUUGAUCAGCUAUUCAUACUUUGCAUUUCCAGUGGUUGCAACUAACCAAGGCGGCUCAGCGGACACUCCACCUCUCAUUGAAAGGGCGAUUGAGGCCAUCUGCGACUGCUUCGAAAAUGAAGCCACUGCGGUGGAAAUUCAGCAACAAAUCAUCAAGUCAUUGCUCGCGGCUGUCCUUGAUGACAAGAUCGUCGUGCAUGGCGCGGGCCUUUUGAAAGCCGUCCGCCAAAUCUACAACAUCUUCAUAUAUUCCAAAUCGAGCCAAAAUCAGCAAGUUGCCCAGGGAUCAUUGCUUCAGAUGAUUGCCACGGUCUUCGAAAGGGUCAGAGUCCGGUUAGACAUGAAGGAGGCACGCCUGAGAGAGUCCAACGAAGCGAAAACCGACGAAGGGUUGACGGCGGAGACACCUAUACUCGGCCACGCAGGUGUGAACGGCAUGAACGGACAUGUGGACACACCAGACCACGAGACUCCUCCCCAGCUCACGGACGGUUUGGCUUCUGGCCAGGAGAAACUAACUUUGCAAAGCUUCGAAAAUAACAAGAACCUCGACGACGCAAUUGUCGCAGACAGUGCUCCUACAACAGUCACCCGCGUCAGGCGGGAGCGCAAGAAUACGCGAACUAGCUCCGCACCGGUUUCUCGGUCCAGCUUGCAAGAAGAACGAGACGAGGCGGAACUGUCCCCGGAGGACGAAGACGAUGUCUACAUCAAAGAUGCUUUCUUGGUGUUCCGUUCGCUAUGUAAAUUGAGUCAAAAAGUCUUGAGUUAUGAUCAGCAGCAGGAUCUUCGGAGUCAAAACAUGCGUUCCAAGCUCUUGUCCCUGCAUUUGAUUUACCAUGUCAUCAACAACUAUACCACGGUUUUCACAUCUUCAUUCUCGAAUAUUAAGAGUGGCAACAAUGCUGAACCUACACCAUUCUUGCAAGUUGCCAAACCUCAUUUGUGCCUCAGUCUUUCUAGGAAUGCCGCGAGUUCGGUCCCGCGGGUUUAUGAAGUAUGUUGCGAGAUAUUCUGGCUUUCGCUGAAACAUAUGCGCGUUCUGCUGAAAAAGGAACUUGAGGUUUUCCUAAAAGAAGUCUAUCUUGCUGUUUUGGAACGGCGAAACGCACCACUUUUCCAGAAACAAAUGUUCAUGGAUGUUUUGGAGAGACUUUCGGGCGAUCCUCGUGCUCUGGUCGAGAUCUACCUCAACUACGACUGCGACCGAACGGCGCUGGACAACAUGUACCAAGAAAUCAUUGAACACUUAUCUCGGAUCUGCAGCACACCCGUCGCAGUCACUGCUGUUCAGCAACACCAAUACCAAGAACAACAGACAAAACCGACGACCCCUGUCUCUGAAUGGCAUUCACGAGGCGCACUACUUCCUGGGCUGUCGACAGCAAGCUUGAGUCAGCACCCGCCCCCCCCUCCACCGAUCCCCGUUGAGUAUUCUCUGAAGCAGCAAUCAUUGCGUUGUCUUGUUGAAAUUCUUCAUUCGCUGGAUAAUUGGUCCAGCCAAGGAAGCCCCGAACAGGUCAAUGGAUCUCGAUAUCCCGCGUCAAGAGGGUCAUAUGACGACUCCAGGGAGUCACUCGACUUCAGCGAAAAGCCACCCCCGUCGCCUCGCGCUCCAGGCUUAGGGAGUGAAUCAGGGAUCUCCACGCCUGUGGCGGAAGAUGAUCCGACCGAAGUUGAGAAAGUGAGAAUGCGGAAAUUCGCUCUGAACGAGGCUAUCCGACAAUUUAAUUUCAAGCCCAAACGCGGGAUCAAGGCUCUCUUGGCCGAUGGCUUCAUUCGCAGUGAAAGCCCCCAGGAUAUUGCCAAGUUUUUAUAUGCAAAUGACAGACUGGACAAAGCCAUGCUCGGAGAAUAUCUCGGCGAAGGCGACGAGAAGAACGUUGCCAUUAUGCAUGCUUUUGUGGACAUGAUGGACUUUAGCAAGAGACGUUUUGUUGACGCCCUGAGGCAGUUCCUUCAGAGUUUCCGCCUGCCCGGGGAAGCGCAGAAGAUCGAUCGGUUCAUGCUCAAAUUCGCCGAGCGAUAUCUCAGUGGCAAUCCAAAUGCAUUCGCCAAUGCCGACACCGCUUAUGUACUGGCAUAUUCGGUCAUCAUGCUGAAUACUGAUCAACACAGUUCCAAGCUAAAAGGUGCUCGCAUGACGGUGGAGGAUUUCAUCAAGAACAACAGGGGGAUCAAUGACGGCCAAGAUUUGCCCUCAGAGUAUUUAAGCGGCAUCUUCGAGGAAAUCUCCAAUAAUGAAAUUGUCCUAGCCUCUGAGCGGGAACAUGCUGCCGAAUUGGGGAUCGCUACUGUUACGAGUGCCGGCUUCGCCUCCAGGGCUGGACAAGCCCUUGCCAACGUCGGCAGAGAUCUGCAAAAGGAGAAAUACACCCAGGCGUCCGAGGAAAUGGCAAACAAGACGGAACAGUUAUAUCGAAGUCUCAUCAGGGCACAGAAGCGUUCCGCCGUCAGAGAGGCACUGUCACGAUUCAUCCCGGCGACCUCGAUCAAGCAUGUUGGCCCUAUGUUCAAUGUGACGUGGAUGUCAUUCCUUUCGGCAUUCUCCAGUCAAAUGCAGGACGCGCAAAACCUCGACCUAAUCAGGCAGUGCCUGGAGGGCUUGAGGUUGGCUAUUCGAAUAGCCUGCAGGUUUGACUUGGAGACACCCAGAGUAGCAUUUGUCACGGCGCUUGCCAAAUUCACGAACCUGGGCAAUCUCAAGGAAAUGAUGGCCAAGAACUUGGAGGCGUUGAAGGUGCUCAUUGAGGUUGCUCUGACAGAAGGAGAUGUCUUGAAAUCCUCCUGGCGGGAGGUUCUGAUGUGCAUCAGCCAGCUCGACAGAUUACAGCUUCUUUCGACUGGAAUCGAUGAAGGGGUAAUACCAGAUGUUACAAGGGCCAACAUUUCCACACCCAGCACCCCGAGGGACGGGACCAGGAGCCGCCGGUCGAUGCAAGCUUCCAAAAGACCGAGGCCGAGAUCUGCACACAGCUUUCGGCCAGAGGUUGCAGAUGAGACCAAGUCUACAGAUAUGGUCCGCGGAGUGGACAGGAUAUUCACCAAUACGGCCAAGCUCUCGUCUGAGGCGAUUGUCGACUUUGUCCAGGCCCUGAGCGACGUCAGUUGGCAAGAGAUCCAAUCCUCCGGGAACAGCGAAUCUCCGCGGAUGUACAGUCUACAAAAACUCGUGGAGAUCAGCUACUACAACAUGACGAGAGUCAGGAUAGAAUGGACUCGAAUCUGGGAGGUGCUCGGCGAGCACUUCAACCAGGUCGGCUGUCAUAACAACACCGCCGUAGUGUUCUUUGCCCUGGAUUCGCUUCGCCAGCUCUCGAUGAGGUUUAUGGAAAUUGAAGAGUUGCCCGGAUUUAAAUUCCAAAAAGACUUUUUGAAGCCGUUUGAGCAUGUGAUGGCGAACAGCACCGUUGUCACCGUAAAGGACAUGGUCUUGAGAUGUCUAAUCCAGAUGAUCCAAGCCCGUGGGGACAAUAUCAGGUCGGGGUGGAAAACCAUGUUCGGUGUCUUUUCCGUCGCUGCCCGAGAACAGUAUGAAGCAAUCGUCAACAUCGCCUUUGACUAUACCAACCAGAUCUACAAUACUCGGUUUGGCGUGGUCAUCUCUCAAGGCUCGUUUCCAGACCUCAUUGUCUGUCUGACCGAGUUCUCCAAGAACCUCAAGUUCCAGAAGAAAUCCCUGCAGGCGAUCGAGCUGCUCAAGUCCACGGUGCCAAAGAUGCUGAAGACGCCAGAAUGCCCGCUUUCAAGACGUCACGGCAAGGUUCUCGAGUCCGAAGGCUCUGGCGUGGUGGCCGGCGUCAAGCAACCCACUUCGCAGACGGAAGAGGAGCAGUUCUGGUACCCGGUGCUGAUCGCCUACCAGGAUGUGUUGAUGACGGGGGAGGAUCUGGAAGUCCGGUCCCGAGCUCUCACCUAUCUUUUUGAAACUUUGAUCAGAUAUGGUGGUGAUUUCCCCACCGAGUUCUGGGAUGUCCUUUGGCGCCAAUUGCUGUACCCGAUAUUCGUCGUCUUGCAAAGCAAGUCGGAGAUGUCCAAGGCUCCCAACCACGAGGAACUGUCCGUGUGGUUGUCGACGACAAUGAUCCAAGCCCUCCGAAACAUGAUCACGCUCUUCACACAUUACUUUGAUUCGCUGGAACAUAUGCUUGACCGCUUCUUGGAUCUUCUCACCUUGUGCAUUUGUCAAGAAAAUGACACUAUAGCCCGCAUCGGGAGCAACUGUCUCCAGCAGCUGAUCCUCCAGAACGUCACCAAAUUCUCUCCGGAGCACUGGUCCAGGAUUGUCACGGCAUUCGUGGAGCUCUUCAACAGGACGACAGCGUACGAACUGUUCUCGGCCGCGGCAACCAUGUCGGAUGCUCGACCUUCCCCAGGCCACGAUGGAUCCGAUGGUCUAUCUAUCUCUGGAACCGCGAUUGUCGAGACUCCAACAACAAACGGGGCACCAGCGUCCUUCCACGGCGCAACCCCUUCGUUGGAAUCACAAGCAAGCUCGGCCGCCGCUAUUGGAGAAAUCCCUCCAACCCAGAGCACUCAGGAGUUGGAGGACUAUCGUCCACAUUCAGACAUGCAAGCACCUGCGCCGGUGGUGACGGCCGCACGCCGACGCUUUUUCAACAAGAUCAUCACCAACUGCGUUCUUCAGCUGCUCAUGAUCGAGACCGUGGCAGAACUCUUCUCCAACGACUCGGUCUAUGCGCAAAUCCCCUCGUCCGAGCUGCUCCGCCUGAUGGCACUCCUGAAGAAGUCGUAUCAGUUCGCCAAGAAGUUUAACGGCGACAAAGAGCUCCGCAUGGCCCUUUGGCGACAAGGAUUCAUGCGACAACCACCGAACCUGUUGAAGCAAGAAUCCGGAUCAGCGAAUACAUACGUGAGCAUCUUGCUCAGGAUGUAUCAUGACGAAGGGGAGGAGCGGAGGUCAAGUCGUGAUCAAACAGAAGGCGCCCUAAUUCCUUUGUGCGCCGACAUCAUCCGCUCCUUCAUUCUCCUCGACGAGGAAACCCAACAACGAAACAUCGUCGCAUGGAGGCCGGUUGUCAUUGACGUCCUUGAGGGCUACACGAACUUUCCCAAGGAGAGCUUCGAGAAGCACCUCGACACCUUCUACCCUCUUGCCGUGGGCCUGCUGGAGAAAGACGUCGGCUCCGAUCUGCGCAACGCACUGUGGGGCAUGUACCGCCGCGUGGGGGAAGUCAAGUUUGGCAUGCCUGAACUAGUACUUAUGAGGGGACGAGAUGGCAGUAUGAGCUCGACGCGGAAUGGCAGCGUGGGCGGUGCGCCCACCAGUCCCGGCCAAUCGAGCCGAGGAUUCGAAUUCUCACACGGCGGCGGCGGCAGGAGGGAGAGCCGAGUGAGUAGGACGGGCACUGCGUAA